AAGAUAGAUUUCCAGAGGGGGACGCUUCAACUUGGAAACCUUGAAUUUUAUUUACCGACUUGCCGAGCAGCAGCAGCAGCGAAACCCUCCUCUUUGCAAAGCCCCCAUUGCCGCCAUGCCGCCGCCGUACAGUCAUAUCAAGGUGGUAAGGGAAGAGGAUUUCCGCUCGCGUAUUGGGGAAGAUGGCCACUACUUCGAUCUCAUCGACUUCAGCGCAAUCGAGGGAUUCAACGUCCCGCCUACCAUGACCAUCCUCCGAUUCAAGGAGAAGCUCACGGAGAAAUUUGGAACCCCUCUGCAAUGUCAACGCCUGUGGUGGUGGGCUAGACGUCAGAACAACACAUACCGUGUUGACAGGCCGUUGACAACCGAAGAGGAGAAUCUACCUGUCAGUAAAACAUUGUGAUCACCUUAUUUUCUGUUGGUUCUUAAUACUGUUUUGUCCCAUGCAGUAAAAAAUGCUCUUUCAUUUGAACCUAAACAGUUAUGUGCUGAGUAAGAAAUUAGAGAAUGAAGGGUUCCCUUCAAGCCUGUGCAUGUCUGAUCGGUCAGACUGAAGUAUUAUAAACUACAAAUAGAUCCAUUACCUCAUUUUUCUAGAGGUUUCACAUGAUUUUUUCCCUUCCAUUAUUGGCUUCAUUCUGCACCAUAAUUUUGAAUUAUGAAUCCUGCUUACUUAGAUUGCAGAUGCAUUUUGUUUAGUGCUGGUAAGUGUCAAAGGCUAGUUUGCAGUCAUUCUGCACUUGCCAUGUCAUCUUCCUCAAAAGUGUGCUGAAGAGAAGAUGAAGUUUCGAAAGCAAAAUGUGACUAUCAAUUUGUUGCUUUUUUAAGCAUACCUGCUUGGGUAUAUCGACUUUCAGCAGCUUGUUAUAUAUCUUUAAUCUAAAGUCUUCUGUGUGGAGUAAGAAAUCAAAAUGAAGGGUUUCCUUCAAGCCUGUGCAUAGCUGACAGGUCAGUCUGAACCAACACCAACUAAUAGAUCUAGCCCCUCAUUUUCUGUAGAUGGUAACUUCUCAUGAAUGUUGUCCUGCCAUAAUUAACUUACUUGGCACCAUAAUUUUGAAUUUUGAAUUCUGCUCACAAUAUGAUGGGUACCUAGUGUCGAGUACCCUAAUCUCACCCUCUCUUUCACAGUACCAACAAUAGUCAAUACGUUAACUCUCUGAAUCAUCUACAAGACUUAAUAUGGCAUUCAGCCCAACUAUGAUUAGGCAUGCCGGCAAAUUAACUGGAUUCCACCUCUACAUAGUAUGGUUCUUAGGCCAUGCACUCGACAUGGACUCAAACAUGAAAAAAGAAAUAUAAUUCAAACUUCAAUUAAACACCUCUAGAAAAAAUAAAAUAGCUCGGCUCUUUGGCUAAUCGCAUUUGCUAAUACAUUACUGCUACUAUAGACCAUCGACUCAAUUAAAACUAAAGGAAAAAUGUGACUCUAAAAUUGGUUCAGUAACUCACUUCCAUGAAUGGCGCAUUAAUAAAGCAGCAACUACAGUUGGUUUGUUCGCUUCUUAUUUCACAAAGACAUGCAAGAAACCAUCAGGGAUUAUUAUAGGAGCCUUGUACACAUCUCCAUCCAUUGCAGAUGUUGUCUGUUUAGUGCUGCCAAGUGCCAAAUGUUAGCUCCCAGACCCCAGUCAUUCUGCACUUUCCUUGUGAUUCCCUUAAAAGGCGCGCUAAGGAGUGGAUGUAGUUUUCAAAAGCAAAAAAAAAUUCUUUUAAUUGAUUGCUUUUUUAAGGCAUACCUGCAUUGGUAUAUUCACUUUCAGCAGCAUGGUAUAUUACUAUAUUUGUAGGCGUACCAUCUUGAUCAGAUAGCAUCCUAUUAAAUUUUGAAUGAAAUAUGGUAGAAAGUCUAAUUUCAGCAUUGUGUUUCGAAGGAGAUCAUCUACAGCUUUUUCUGGAGGUGCUCAACACUAAUUCCCUACCAACAUGGAGCAACAUGGAUGAUGCACUGGUGUUUCUAAAGCAUUAUGACCCAGGGAAAGCACAGCUAAGGUAUGUUGGAUUGCUGUCCGUGAAAGUUGCAUCGAGGCCUUCAGAAAUUCUUCCAAAACUAAGAAGUCUAGCUGGUUUCUGUUUAAGCGAAAUGAUAGAAUUGUACGAGAUUAUAACUGGGGACAUUAUUUGCUUCCAAAAAAUCUUGAAGCCACCGGACAUACCAAAAUAUCCUUCUGUUGCAUCUUUUCUCCAGCAUGUUUGUGAUCGGAAGACGUAUGAAGAAGUGAGGAAGGUACACAUUUUAGAAGAGGAGAUUGUUACAUUAAAACACCAGGCUGAUACAUAUCUUGUUCAGAAAGAAAAGGCCGUAACAGCGUAUGAUCAGUUGAAACAUGAACGAGACAAUGCUGUGCAACAAGUGAAUGAAUUACGCGACCAGAGCACACAUAUCAUUCUCGAUUUCUCCCGCAAGGACAUGGAGCAAGCAACAGAACAUUUCAAAAAUGCUAGGGAGGUUGGUGAUACUGAAUAUGGGCACACAUAUAAAGGCAUGAUACACAAUAUGAAGGUGUUAAUCAAGCUGUCCAGUUCCCAAAAGUUAUUUCAACAAGAGGUCUCUAUUCUUCGCCAAUGGAGACAUCCAAAUAUUAUCACAUUCAUAGGAGUAUGCUCGGAGGUCUCCGCUCUAGUAUAUGAAUGGCUACCUAAUGGAAAUCUUGAAGACCGCAUUAUUUGCACAAAUAAUUCUGCACCUCUCUCUUGGUACAACCGCACACAGAUCAUUGGGGAGAUUUGUUGUGCUCUGCUUUUCCUUCAUUCGAACAAGUCUACUGCUUUGGUCCAUGGUGAUCUCAGGCCUUGCAACAUCCUCAUUGAUGCCAACUACAGAAGCAAGAUCUGCAACUUUGGUAUGUCCAACCUGUUUCUGCAGCUUGGGACCUUCCCACCAAACCUGACGGCAAGGCUGCCGUACAUGGACCCUGAGUUCAACACCACCGGAGAGCUCACAACACUCUCUGAUGUCUACUCACUGGGUGUUAUCAUCCUACGGCUCUUGACCGGAAUGCCCCCCUUAACUCUAUCAGAGAAAGUUGCAGAAGCAUUGGGGAGUGAUAGCUUGCACUUGCUGAUAGAUAAAUCUGCAGGGGACUGGCCUUACAUUGAAGCCAAACAAUUAGCACUCAUUGGCCUUAGCUGCACUGGAAUGACGAGGAAGAAACGGCCUGAUCUCUUAAACGAGGUGUGGAUAGUUAUUGAGCCCCUCACGAGGAAGCCUCCUGCAGCCACCUGGCCAUACUUGCAAUCAGCAUCAGGAGAUAGCAGUGUACCUGCUGCUUUUAUUUGUCCAAUUAGCAUGGAGAUCAUGAAAGAUCCGCAAGUGGCAUCUGAUGGAUUCACCUAUGAAGCGGAGGCCAUAAGGUGCUGGUUUGAUAGAGGGAUUAGUAGGUCUCCGAUGACGAAUUUGGCCCUUCCCAAUCUCAAUCUCGUCCCUAAUCGUGUCCUCCGUUCUUUCAUCCAUGGGUAUCUUCAGCAGCAGCAGCCGAACCCUGCUUACCAACAGCAGUUGUCAGAAACCUAGUUUCUGGAGUGUAUUUUUUCUUUUGUAAGUAACAGCAAGAGGGCUGUCGUUAUUUCAGAUAAGUAGGCAGUAACAGUGAAGUACAAAAUGGCAAGAACAACAAAUACAGGGGGAACUUUACUAGACAAAUGCUCAAAUAGGGUCGGGCUGUCGUAAUUUCAGUUAAUGGAGAGGAGGAAAAGGAAGAUGGGUGUAAUUUUGGACAUUUCAUCUGAUGGUGUGGCAAAUGAGCAAAUUGGACCAUCAACUUUCUGGCAUUUUAGCAAAGCAACCAACUUCGUGGCAUUUGAGAGAAUGCCACAUGAGCAUUUUUUUUCCCUCGUUC